AUGGCGCCAAAACCUCUCAUUGAAAAGCAACGAAGAAAGCGUAUAAACGAAAGCUUGAACGAGUUGAAAGUUCUUGUACUUCACGCCUUGAACAAAGAUGCGUCUCUGUAUUCCAAGAUGGAGAAGGCAGACAUUUUGGAUUUGACUGUUAAUUAUUUAAAAUCGGUGAAAUGUGAUCAAGGAUUUUUACGUGACGCGACCUCGCUUGCAAAAUAUCGCUUGGGAUACAACGAUUGUGCCGGUGAAAUGACUCAAUACAUUAUGUCGGAUGCUGGUUUAGAUUAUCAUAACCGUGCAAAAUUACUGUCGCAAAUGGCGUCGAGCUGUCAAAAAGCAAAUCUACGUACAACCGCUGAAAUGAAUGUUCCAGGAUCACGGGCUCCAUUGUACGCGAGACCGCCUGCAAUACCCAUUGCUCUCUCUGCUAACAGACUUGCUCCAUCUAUGAGUUCACCGAUCCCUAUUUAUCCUUCUAGUUUUAACCCCACUGAGAUCAAUCGUCCCGUUAAUGUUUCAAUGGGUUCGUCGUCUGUGAUUUUGAAAGAAUCUAAUGUGAAAUCCAACUGCUAUAGUCCCCAUUUCAUGACGUCAUCGACUGCGUUAAGUGGACUGGAAUCGAGUGGUUCGAAUGUUUGGCGUCCCUGGUAAAUGGAGAGUGAGCUUAAGAAGAUGAUAUAUUUGCUACUGGAACGCUUAAUCGAGAACUAAUCUCACAUUUUAAAUCAAACACAAUUCUUAAAGUAGCGAAUGUACCGUUCUUGUCGUAAAGCAUGUCUCUUGCUGAAGUUCACUAAUUUGUUUAUCCGGCGGGAAUUGAAAAAACGCAUAUAAUUUUCGCAAGUAAUGUUGUGUUGAAAAAUAAUUUUUGUUUAUGGUUAAAAUAUAUUUGUAGAUUUGUAUAAUAUACGUUUGACGUAAUGCACUUAGGAAAUCAUUUUGAACUCUAAUUUAGUGCAAUCAUGAAUGCAUUUUAUGAUGAAGAUAAUAAUAUUUUGUUCAUAUUUACAGUGGAAUGAUUUCAAAAUUAAAAUUAGAUUAAAAUGGUGCAUUAUAAGCCUAAUAUGUAAUCAAUGAUGAAUAAUUGAGUAAUAUUGUCGUUAAUUUGUCUGGAAAUGGCUUAAUCUAAAAAUCUUUGCACGUGAAUUGCGUUGUAUCUCGUUGACCAUUGAAUAUUUUUUUGUACCAUUAAUUCCAUAAGUGAUUAAACUCUAUAUUUGCA